AUGGGGUUGUAUUUGUAUGCAAAAUUCACGUUGGGAGGUGCUAAAACUUUGAAGGAGCUCUUCCAAUUGAAUACAACGGUGUUGUUCUGGAUCGGCUUCAUUCCGCCGCUGUUCGCCGCAAUCUUUGCAAUUCUAACCGCGAUUUUAUUGCAUCAAGAGAAGAUCACGAAUUAUGUCUGGAUUUGUGGGCGCGCGUUUCUUCCAUCGCUUUCUCGCAUUAUCAAUCUUUCGCUUGAGGGCCUCGUCUGGCAAUUGUGCAUUUUCUUUCAUAUCCCAUUUCGACUGCUCGAACUCGCGACAGGAUGGGUCCGAUACGGUCGACUCGAGAACACUCAAGAUCAUUGGCGAUGGUGGUACGGACUCCAUCGGCACUUAUAUGCCAUAUUCGGAGUCCUUGAGCUCAUUUUGCUCACCGGCCUCUCUGCUGUUGGAGAAAAAGAGCAUGGAAUAGUCCAUGUUUGUCUAUUCUACAGCUUCGGUGUUGUAGCCCUUCUGUUUUUCAUCUCAAAUACCGUUUGUCAUUCACAAUCAUUAUAUUUCUUGAAUCCAUAUGGUCGAAUAUCGUACUACAUCAAAAUUGCGAUAUCUUUGACAUAUUUCCUAUCAGCUCCCGCCAUUGCCACAUUCUACGCCCUUUAUUGGAAAGCGUGUUUCACAUGGGCAUAUGAGCUAUUCGCGUUGGUCGAAUACUUUGACGUUUUCAUGGUAAUCUUCUAUCAUGGAUGUUGCGUUUAUUGGGAUAUUCAACACAAGGUCAUAUUCAGCAUACGAUAUGAGCCGCCCAAAAAGAAGGUGCAGGAAGAGCAUCAGAUGGUGGUCAAGAGGACUCGCGGAUAG